UUGAAAGUUUGUUCCUGAGUCUCUGAUCGAAUUGGAUUAUGAGGUUGAAAAAGUGUUUUUGAAUUUUGUUUCUUACUAUAAGUAAGGAAAUCCUUUUCUCAAAAAACACUUUUCAUAGUACUUUGGUCAAUCUGCUUAAAAAAAAAAAAGAAAAGAUAAAAUAUUUAAGCCAAUCAAAAUGAGAAAAUUGGACUCGGUAGCAAACACACAAUAUAAAUUCAUGAAUUUUCCCUGCAAAAGCCCGCCACCUUUAAAGUUUCAAAUCAAAACCCCCGCCAACCAAAAUGCCCUUCAAUUUCUCAUCAUUUCUCCCCCCAAUCUCCCAUUAACAUCAUCUAGAUGAUCCCUAUAUAAGCCUACACGCUCAAAAUCGAGAAAUUUCCUGCCCGUACCUCGCAGUUAUGCAGCAGAACAGAAGGAAACUAGCCAAUGCUCGACUACAAUAGUUGAUACUUGAUAGUCCCUGUGUAAGCCAAACCUUCAAAUUAUGCAGAACAGAGGGAAACUAGCUAGUGCUCGACUGCAAUAGUUGAUAUUCAAUCGAAGCAGCAGUACUAUGGAGAGUGGAAUGGUAUCGGUCGAUCGUUGGACUGCUGGUAGCCAAGUCUACUUUCUAACUCACCUUCACGCCGAUCAUUUGUGUGGACUCACUUCGAAAUGGUCCCGAGGACCUCUUUACUGUUCACGCAUUACUGCUAAGCUCUUUCCUAUCAAAUUCCCUGACUUCGACCUUUCUCUUCUACGAAUUGUUGAAAUUGGUCAUUGGCAUUCGGUUUCUUUACUAUCUCCUUCCUGUGGUUCUUACACUGAUGUCGAUUUCAUGGCCAUCGAUGCUCAUCAUUGCCCGGGAGCAGUAAUGUAUCUGUUUCGUGGUGAAUUUGGCUGCACACUCUAUACUGGGGAUUUCCGUUGGGAGAGCACAAGUGAGAGAGCACAAACUGGAAGGACCAUGCUGCUUAAAGCUAUGAAGGAUGUAAAGCUUGACAUGCUUUACUUGGAUAAUACUUACUGUAACCCCACAUAUUGUUUUCCUUCACGUGAAGCUGCUGCUAAACAGGUUUUAAACAUCAUAUCUUCUCAUCCUAAUCAUGAUGUUAUCAUUGCUGUUGACACACUAGGGAAAGAAAAUCUUCUGCUAUACAUAUCACGUGUCCUGAAAACAAAGAUUUGGGUGUGGCCAGAACGCUUACAGAUUAUGCAUCUUCUUGGGUUCCAUGACAUCUUUACGACAAAAACUUCAGUGACAAGGAUUCGUGCUGUUCCUCGUUACAGUUUUAACAUUGAGACUCUGGAGGGACUGAAUACAAUUCGUCCGACUAUAGGGAUCAUGCCAUCUGGUCUCCCUUGGGCACCAAAAGCUUUUAGAGGAAAGGAAAAACUUUCCUCAGAAUCUCCUCCAGUGCUCCUUCAUAACAGGUGGCCCACAGAUGUUACAACUUCUAGUACCUCAAGCAAGCCAAAUGGAGGUUCAUUAAGUGCAGGGAGAGAUGAUCAUUACAUAUAUACUGUUCCAUAUUCUGACCAUUCAUGCUUUCCCGAGUUACAGAAAUUUAUUGAGUUUGUCAUGCCAAUUAAUAUCAAAGGCAUCGUAUCUUCAUCUGCUUCUAAUGUUGACCCCCUUUACCACUUUGGAAGCCUUUGUCGAAUCCAACAAGCAUCAGUGCUCUUAUGCCAGAGGCUCAGGAAUAAAAGAUAUGAUAAAGUUGGAGUCAUUAACAUGAGGUCCUCCUUUGGAUGCACCGGUACAAUGCAAUUAGGGAGGAAAAGGAGAAAAAGACAAAUUUCUAGUGCAGGCAUUCAUGUUAGUAGGGUGAGGUUGUUGAGAAGGGAGAGGCAAGGGGUAAAGAUUGUGGAUACAGAUCCUGAUUAGCCUACUAGAUGACCUUCACAAACUAUAUCAAAUACACAGGUUCUAAAGUCAUUCCAUUGCGAGUAAUGAUGUCGAACUUGCUUCCACCAUCUCAAUAGAAGUAGAAAAGGGAAUUAAGUUUAGAUUGUAACUUGUAUGCUCUAGACCAUCUAUUCAAUCUCAAGAGGUCAAGAGUUCAGUUGCUUACUCGGUUUCCACAUGGCUAGUAUUAUUUUGUUUGUAGAAAUUUACUCAAGGAUUGUGGAUAUCUUCUUGUUUUAAGUUAUAAUCCUAACAGGCCGUAGAUUCCU